UUUUGGAUGAAUCUCAAAAAGUAACCUACGGAAUUUCGAGUGCACUAUAUAAAGUGUAAAAUGUAUUUGUUAACACCCUAAGUAGUGUACUUAUGUAUGGUGGUUGGAGAUAUUUGGGAUUAAUCUCCUUCUUACUUCGACAGAGAGGCUUUCGUGCUGCAAGGAGAAGUUUUAAAUGAACAGUAAUGCUGUUUACACAUUUUAACCAGUAAACACGGGUUCGUGUGAAAUUAAAGAAGACGUAAUUUUUAUCUAUAGGACAGUGUUGCGUUUUAUAGUGUAGUAGUUAAUUAGCCUGCGUAAUAAUCCCAUCCAUUUAUAACCAUGUGUUUUUAACUGCUGUAAACGUAUUGGGCUCAGUUGACUCACGUUAUGAUGGACGGUGAUGAUUUGGGAGAACGUGUACUUAUUCAUCUGGACGUAGAGAGUCUUAGUCCUGCGAUCGAUAAACAUGAGAAACAAGAGAAAUCAGAGUUUCCCACCACUCGGAAAUGCUACUCUUAUAUAAAGAAGAAGACUUUUGCAACAUUUGUGGCGUCUAAGAGGAUCCCGACAUCUAACCUAGACACCUCAUCACUUUGGCACUGCUGUGACGAGGCAUUCUCAGACCCCUCGUCCAUCCACAAACAUGUUUCCAUUGUCCAUGCGAAUGAGAUUGAUGAGCUCACCAGUGAAGCUCUGGAUCAGAUGCUGAAGCAAGCCAACGCCGAUGGCUCUGUACACGACCAUCCGAAUGACUGUCAGACAAAAGACGCUUCCUCCUGGAUGCCUGAUACAAGCCACCUUUCUGAGGACGAGCUUAGCAAAGGUCCAGGUGAAGUCAUCUUGUAUUACUGCUAUUGUCAGAUAAAAGAGCCCAGGUUCAUUUGUGACUGGCAGAAUGAGCUGUGUUCAAAGCUUCACCUCACUGGCAAGGUACGUGUGGCCACAGAGGGCAUCAAUGGAACAGUUGGUGGAACCAAAACAGCCACAAGCCUUUACAUCAAGGCAAUGCUGGCACAUCCCAUUUUCCAAGUAAUGCAAGUGGAAGAUUUCAAGACUAGUGAAGGUGGUGCAGAGUGCUUUCCUGAUCUUAAGGUUGGAGUGUAUAAAGAAAUCGUCCCAAUGGGUGUGGAUCCAGAUAUAAUCUCCUACAGAUUAGCAGGAACACAUUUGGAGCCUGAGGAAUUCCACAGGGAGGUGCAAUCUCUGCUCAAAGAUGGUUCCUCGAACAGUGAUACAAUUCUGCUGGACUGUAGAAACUUCUAUGAGAGUAAAAUAGGUCAGUUUAAAAAUUGUUUGGCACCGGAUAUCCGCAAAUUCAGCUACUUCCCUGACUACGUGGACAAGAACCUGGACCUGUUCUGCAAUAAGAAGGUGCUGAUGUACUGCACUGGGGGCAUACGGUGCGAACGAGGGUCAGCAUAUCUCCGUUCAAAAAAUGUAUGUAAAGAAGUUUACCAGCUGAAGGGCGGCAUUCAUAAGUAUCUGGAGCAGUUUCCUGAUGGUUUCUACCGGGGCAAGCUGUUUGUCUUUGAUGAGCGUUAUUCAAUCUCAUUCAACAGAGACAUCAUCUCAGAUUGUAGGUACUGUGGGAGUCCAUGGGACCAGUAUCAGCUCUGCUCUACUGAUUUCUGCUGCCAGCUUGUCUUAUCCUGCACCUCUUGCAGGCAGAAAGGCCUUACAGCCUGCUGCCCUGUGUGCCAAGCCAAAGAGCAGACGCCCAGCGGCAGCCCCUCGAGUGGACGUGUACACAAAGAAGAGUGCGACUGUACACGCUCCCGGCCCAGAAUCCCUAAAGACACUUUAUGAUAAGCAGGUCUCUGUGGCUUCCUGCGGUCUGGCAUCUAGUGCAGAAAAAAUAUUGUGUUUAGAGGAAGAUGACUGUAAACACUGUCAGUUUGAUGUAGGGCUGGACAAUAUGAUAUAAUAUCAUGAUAGAUUAUGUCACAUUUUUCUAAUACAUUGCAGUAUCACAACAGCCUUCUUUUAAUCUUUUAACAGUUAAUUUGGAAGCAGCUGAUUUGAUGAUAAAUUUUGUAGUGAAUCUUUUGAACUGCAAAAUUUUACAAAAUAAGAAUUAAAAGUACCAUUGAAUCCAGUUUUAACAGACUUUUUUAAAGCAACUAUUUUUUUGCUUGCAGUUUGUUACCAAACCUAUACAUUGGGACACACAACAUGUAUCAUGGAAAUGUCAAGUGUCAUAAUAUGAUAUUUUUGUCAUAUUGUCCAUCACUAUUGUGAAUGUAACAAGUCUGGUCAUUUUUAGAACCUCAGGUUGUCCUACAAAAUUACUUUAGAUAUCUACUUACUGCAUUGAAGUACAACUUUUGUGUUUGAUCUUUAAAACAUUUCAUACUCAUAACACAAAUAAAAUUUUAAAUGAGCUCUGCUGGAAAAAACUGAAACAAAUUACAUUGUCUAGAGAUCUUUAUUCCACGUUUUUAGUUACAUUAAUACAAAAUGACAAGGAAAUGCAUUAACAGAGACACAGAGUAAAUACUUCAAAUACAAGGACAUGGUUUUGGCAAUGCACAGAAAUACAAAACAAAGUACACAUCAUUUUCAGUUUGUUCAUUAUUUUCUUCAAAAGACGACCAAGCAAAUCUAUACAUCAAGUCUUACUACACACACAGGCACCGUAUGGAUUCCUUCUUCCCUUUGUGAGAAAGUGAAGUGAACCUUUGGCCAUAUACAC